GUCACGUACGUACGCUUGGUGCGUCUCGCGACAUGGUGGCGUCGCUGGCGUUCGUGGCAGUGGCCGUCGGGCUGUGCGUGGCGGCCGCGUCGGCCGAGACGGCGACGUACAUAGUGCACAUGGACAAGUCGGCCAUGCCGAGCGGCGGGAACGGCUCGACCAGCCUGGAGAGCUGGUACGCGGCCACGCUCCGGGCGGCCGCGCCGGGCGCUAGCAUGAUCUACGUGUACCGCAAUGCGAUGAGCGGCUUCGCCGCGAGGCUGUCCACCGAGCAGCACGAGAGGCUCAGCCGCUCGCCGGGAUUCCUCUCGUCCUACCUCGACACGCCCGUCACGCGGCGGGACACCACGCACACGCCGGAGUUCCUCGGGGUGAGCAGCGCGGGGGGCCUGUGGGAGACGUCCAGCUACGGGGAUGGAGUCAUCGUCGGCGUGGUGGACACCGGCGUGUGGCCCGAGAGCGGGAGCUACCACGACGACGGGCUCCCGCCGGUGCCCGCCCGGUGGAAGGGCUACUGCGAGUCCGGCACGCGGUUCGACGGCGCCAAGGCGUGCAACCGGAAGCUCAUCGGAGCACGCAAGUUCAGCGCGGGCCUCGCCGCGGCGCUGCCGAACAUCAAGAUCGCCGUCAACUCCCCUCGGGACACCGACGGCCAUGGCACGCACACCUCGUCGACGGCCGCCGGCUCGCCCGUCCCGGGGGCGUCCUACUUCGGCUACGCUCCCGGCGUGGCCCGGGGGAUGGCGCCACGCGCCAGGGUCGCCGUGUACAAGGUCCUGUUCGACGAGGGAGGGUACACGACGGACAUCGUCGCCGCCAUAGACCAAGCCAUCACCGACGGCGUUGACGUGCUCUCCAUCUCGCUUGGCCUCAACGGGCGGCCGCUCUACGCUGACCCUGUCGCCAUCGGCGCGUUCGCCGCAAUGCAGCACGGCAUCUUCGUGUCCACCUCAGCCGGCAAUGAUGGCCCAGACCUCGAAGUCCUCCACAACGGUGCACCCUGGGCACUGACCGUCGCCGCUGGCACCGUGGACAGGGAGUUCUCCGGCAUUGUCGAGCUCGGCGACGGCACGACCGUCAUUGGCGAAUCACUCUACGCCGGCUCGCCGGUGAUCACCCAGAGCACUCCGCUCGUGUACCUCGGCUCGUGCAACAGAUCCGCUGCCAUCAAACAAAACCGCGACAAGAUCGUGCUCUGCGACGCACAAGCUUCUUACGAAGCUCUGCAGAUCGCGGUGCUGUUGGUGCAAAACGCCAACGCGGCCGGCGGGCUCUUCUUGACCAACGACCCGUUCCGGCUGCUGUUCGAGCAGUUCACGUUCCCGGGCGCCCUACUGAGCCCGCGCGACGGGCCGGCGAUACUGCGUUACAUCGAGAGGAGCGGCGCCCCGACGGCCAAGAUCACGUUCCGGGCGACGUUGCUGAACACGAAACCGGCGCCGGAGGCGGCGGCGUACUCGUCGCGUGGGCCCGCGAGGAGCUGCCCGACGGUGCUCAAGCCGGACAUCCUCGCCCCGGGCUCGCUCGUGUUCGCGUCGUGGGCGGAGAGCGUUCCCGUGGUCGGGAACCUGACCUCGCCGUUCAACAUCAUCUCCGGGACGUCGAUGUCGACCCCGCACGCGGCGGGCGUCGCGGCGCUGCUCAAGGCGGUGCACCCGGACUGGAGCCCGGCGGCGAUCCGGUCGGCGAUGAUGACGACGGCCACGGCGCUGGACAACAGCGGCAGGUCCAUCAACGACAUGGCCCGCUCAGGCCUCGCCGCGACGCCGCUGGCGAUAGGCUCCGGCCACAUCGACCCGAACAAGGCGACGGACCCGGGCCUCGUCUACGACGCCGGCCCGGGGGACUACGUCGAGCUCAUGUGCGCCAUCGGCUACAACAUAACGCAGAUCAGGCAGGUGGCGCAGUGGCCGACCUACGCCGUCAACUGCACCGGCGCGUCGUCGCCCGACCUCAACUACCCGUCGUUCAUCGCCUACUUCGACCGGCACAGCGCCGCCGCGGAGACCAAGACGUUCACCCGGGUCGUCACCAACGUCGGCGCCGGCGCGGCGAGCUACGGCGCGAAGCUGAAGGGCAACCUGGGCGGGCUGGCGGUCAGCGUCACGCCGAGCAGGCUGGUGUUCGGUAAGAAGGGCGAGACGCAGAAGUACACGCUCGUGAUGCAUGGCAAGAUCAAGGGCACGGACAAGGUGCUGCAUGGGUCGCUGACGUGGGUGGACGAAGCCGGCAGGUACACGGUGAGGAGUCCGAUCGUUGCAACCACACUGAACUCAACCCGGGUGUAGACUCGCUGUACUGUGGAACAGUGGAAGUUUCUUCAGAGUUCAGAUACAUGAGCAUGUUGUUCAUCUCCAGCAGUUCGGCAAAAUACCAAAUAAUGUUUGGCCAGUAGUGCAGCCCGUAGGUUUUGGGAUGCAGUUCGAUUGCCCUAGUAAUUGGCACGCUAAGUAUGAAUGUUCUUCCUUUUCUUCAAAAGCACGGUUACAACACAAAGAUGCAUGUUGCUCAAAAG